AUGACAGAAGAAGUAGACAGAAGACAUGGUGUGAAUGGUAACAGCAGUAGUAAGGCUGUAAGCGACGAUGUUUCUGGUCACAAUUCUGCUAUAUCUACAACUGGUGGGAGGCUUAAAUUCUUCAAAGAUGGUAAGUUCAUCCUGGAGCUGGUGCGGGGCAGCGCGCGCGAGGGUGAGCGCGCCGGCUGGGUGUCGGUGCCGCGCAAGACAUUCUGGCCGCCGGCCGCCGCGCCGCCCACGCCCCCCGCGCUGCCGCAGCCCUGCGCCUCCCUCUCCGUCUCCGACGACAACAGCUCCGUGCAGUCCUCGCCCUGGCAGAGGGACCACUGCUGGAAGCAGCCCACCCCGCGCCGGAACAUAUCCAAAGAGCUAGCCAUGUACUACUGCAGGCCCAGCACGCUGCACAACGCCACGAUCGAGGCGCCCGCGCGCAUCAAGCGCCGGAGGCCCUACGACACCAGCCACCAGGACGCGCUGCUCAACGGCAGCGCCGCACGGAAGCCGCUCAGCAACGGCCUCUGCGACAAGAAGAAGAACGGCGACGUGUCCCCGGCGGAGGCGAGGCCGUGCCGCGGCGAGGACGUGGUCGACGCCCCCGUCCCCGCCCCCGCCCCCGCCCCCGCCCCCGCCCCCGCCACGGCCCCCACCGGCGAGCCCAGGGCGAGGCCGAGCCCCGACGACGACAGGAGGAUGGAGUACGACCGCGAGAAAUACUUCCAUAUGAAACUCAAGAAACCAUAUCAGUAUCAUAAGUUAAGGGUGUACAAAAAGACGAGGCCGCCGACGAGACGCAAGGCGUUGAACUCGACCGUCGACAAGCUCCGCGAGAGGAUCACCUCGCUGCCGGUGCUCGUGAACGCGAAGCUGGCGAGCUGCCGGCAGGAGCACAUGAUCGUGUCGCCGCGGAAGCGCAUCCUCAGGGAGAUGGAGCGGGUGAGCCUCGAGGACCAGGCGACGAAGCGGCGCGCGAAGACGGUGCCCGCCCUCAGCACCGCCUCGUACCCGCCCUCGCCGGGGCCGAGCCACGCGCACAAGCCGCCCGCUGAGCCGGCGCGCACCCACAACGGCACCGCCGCCCGCAAGGAGCCCGGCGCCACCAAGGGCGUGUGUAGCUACAGCAUCCACUCGCUGCUUAGCCGGCCCGACGAGAGUCCGACGCGUCGCUCGCCACACUCGUACGCGCCGCCGCUGCUCGCCGAGUCGCCGUCGGGCGUGCACUCGCCGGACGCCAGCCCGAGCCCGGACGGCUACCGGUACCGGUACGGGGCGCUGGCGCUCGGCUCGCCGGGGCCGCCCACGCCGCCCGAGCUGCGGCAGCGGGUGGGGGCGGGCGCUGCGGCGGCGGGGCGGGGGCGGGGGCGGGCUACGCGCGAGCCUGGGCCGGCGCCUACCGCGACGUGGCCUACGCCUACCCCUACGGCUAUGUGCCGCUCUACCGCGCGCCGCCCCUGUGGCUGCAGUACGCUCCGCACGCGCCGCCUGGGCCCUGGGCGCCCCUGCCCCACCCGCUGCUCACCGACCACAUACCCAAGGACGAACACACCUCCGAUUUGCCAU